AUGAGACACCAGCACAGCCUCACCAUGAGACACCAGCACAGCCUCACCAUGAGACACCAGCACAGCCUCACCAUGAGACACCAGCACAGCCUCACCAUGAGACAUCAGCAGAGCCUCACCAUCAGACACCAGCAGAGCCUCACCAUGAGACAAAAGCACGACCACCAGCACAGCCUCACCAUGAGACACCAGCACAGCCUCACCAUGAGACACCAGCACAGCCUCACCAUGAGACACCAGCAGAGCCUCACCAUCAGACACCAGCACAGCCGCACCAUCAGACACCAGCACAGCCUCACCAUGAGACACCAGCAGAGCCUCACCAUGAGACACCAGCACAGCCUCACCAUGAGACACCAGCAGAGCCUCACCAUGAGACACCAGCACAGCCUCACUCUGAGACACCAGCAUGGAUUCGCCAUGAGACACCAGCAGAGCCUCACCAUGAGACACCAGCACAGCCUCACCAUGAGACACCAGCACAGCCUCACCAUGAGACACCAGCACAGCCUCGCCAGGAGAUACCAGCACAGCCACACCAUGAGACACCAGCAGAGCCUCACCAUGAGACACCAGCAGAGCCUCACCAUGAGACAAAAGCACGGAUUCACCAUGAGACACCAGCAGAGCCUCAUCAUGAGACACCAGCACAGCCUCACCAUGAGACACAAGCACAGCCUCACCAUGAGACACCAGCACAGCCUCACCAGGAGAUACCAGCACAGCCUCACCAUGAGACACCAGCACAGCCUCACCAUGAGACACCAGCACAGCCGCACCAUGAGACACCAGCACAGCCUCACCAUGAGACACCAGCAGAGCCUCACCAUGAGACACCAGCAGAGCCUCACCAUGAGACACCAGCAGAGCCUCACCAUGAGACAAAAGCACGGUUUCACCAUGAGACACCAGCACAGCCUCACCAUGAGACACCAGCACAGCCUCACCAUGAGACACCAGCAGAGCCUCACCAUGAGACAAAAGCACGGUUUCACCAUGAGACACCAGCACAGCCUCACCAUGAGACACCAGCACAGCCCUCACCAUGAGACACCAGCACGGAUUCACCAUGAGACACCAGCAGAGCCUCAUCAUGAGACACCAGCAGAGCCUCACCAUCACAGCCUCACCAUGAGACACCAGCACAGCCUCACCAUGAGACACCAGCACAGCCUCACCAUGAGACACCAGCACAGCCUCACCAUGAGACAUCAGCAGAGCCUCACCAUCAGACACCAGCACAGCCGCACCAUCAGACACCAGCACAGCGUCAACAUGAGACACCAGCACAGCCUCACCAUGAGACACCAGCAGGGAUUCACCAUGAGACACCAGCACAGCCUCACCAUGAGACACCAGCACAGCCUCACCAUGAGACACCAGCACAGCCUCACCAUGAGACACCAGCACAGCCGCACCAUGAGACACCAGCACGGAUUCACCAUGAGACACCAGCAGAGCCUCACCAUGAGACACCAGCACAGCCUCACUAUGAGACACCAGCAUGGAUUCGCCAUGAGACACCAGCAGAGCCUCACCAUGAGACACCAGCACAGCCUCACCAUGAGACACCAGCAGAGCCUCACCAUGAGACACCAGCACAGCCUCACCAUGAGACACCAGCACAGCCUCACCAUGAGACACCAGCAGAGCCUCACCAUGAGACACCAGCAGAGCCUCACCAUGAGACACCAGCACAGCCUCACCUUGAGACACCAGCAGAGCCUCACCAUGAGACACCAGCAGAGCCUCACCAUGAGACACAAGCAAAGCCUCACCAUGAGACACCAGCACAGCGUCACCAUGAGACACCAGCAGAGCCUCACCAUGAGACACCAGCACAGCCUCACCAUGAGACACCAGCACAGCCGCACCAUGAGACACCAGCACAGCCUCACCAUGAGACACCAGCAGAGCCUCACCAUGAGACAAAAGCACGGUUUCACCAUGAGACACCAGCACAGCCUCACCAUGAGACACCAGCACAGCCUAACCAUGAGACCCCCAGCAGAGCCUCACCAGAGCCUCACCAUGAGACACCAGCACAGCCUCACCAUGAGACACCAGCACAGCCUCACCAUGAGACACCAGCACAGCCUCACCAUGAGACACCAGCACGGAUUCACCAUGAGACACCAGCAGAGCCUCAUCAUGAGACACCAGCAGAGCCUCACCAUGUGA